UCAACUUGAAGACAAUUAGUGAUCAGCCGUGAAAAGGCGUAGCGUCGUUUUGAAUUAGUAUCCCGUCUCAAUUGGUUUCCGGAGAUGGAAUGGUUCAGAGUCCUUCUCGCUAUAAUUGUUUGUUUCACCAAUUCCGCAUUGUGUGGAGUGGAGGAAGGGAAAAGUUUGAAGAGGGUCAAAAGAUAUAUUACGUUUCCCGAGGGGAGCGCUUUUUCCUUUGCUUUCUGCAUGACGAUAAAGGCCGUCACCCCGGACGACACGGACAUUUUCUCAGAGGCGGUCGCAGUCGCCACGUCCUACGAUCUACCCAACAAUUCCAUGACCCUGGGCAUCACCUACCCGGAACACGCCAUUUUCGGCUUGUCUAGGAGACACAGAAGAUACGUUUACUCCAGGGCAGAAUUAGUGCUUGAAAAGUUUCCGGAAAACAGGCCGCAGGAGGACGAACCAAAAGAUCAGUGGGUGUAUGCAGGGGCGUACAAAUCUGGCAUACUCAACUACAACUGCCCCGACCUUUAUCCGAGUUGCCCUAUUUCCUUGGUCGGCCUUCUUAUGAAUCUUAAGCCAACAAGAUAA